UUCAUCAUGGUCAACAAAUUCCUGCUCAUUAUUGUUGCUGCCGCUGUUACUGCAGUUCAUGCGCAGACUUCCUACUCCGGAUGCCAUACGCAUGGCAGUGUUGAGUACUGCUUUGGGGCUGAUGGUGAGGAAAGCCCCAUCACUACUCAUGCUCCUGAGACCGGAACGGGUACUCGUCCGACGAGUGUUGCUGCUACCACCACCGGGACAGGAGAGAGCACAGCCGUGACAGGGUGUCAUAAUCAUGGAUCGGAUGUGUAUUGUAUCGAUGGCGAUGGACAUGAAGUUUCGGUGUCUCUGGAGGUUACUCCGACGGGUGAACUGCCGGCGCAAUAUACUGGGUGUCAUUCUCAUGGUGAUGGACGAUACUGCAUUGACCCCGAUGGCAAUGAUGUCCUAAUUGUCGAGGAAGGUACAUCGUCUGAAGCAGAGGGAGACGUUCAUGAACAUGAAGACUCUCACGGCGAAAACUGCCAUUUUCACGCAGGCGUGGAGCACUGUGUCGGCGCAGGGGAGUCAGAAUCAGAAUCUAGCAACGCAAGAUCGUGCAGGCUCAGAGAUCGAGAUUUCGACGUCCCUCUACGAAUCGGGACUCUCUUCGUGGUGCUCGUCACCAGUUCCAUUGGGGUUUUUGCACCAAUGCUCCUGAUAAAGAUCCCCUUCAGGACUAUUAACACGAUGGUUUUGACGGCAGUAAAGCAGUUUGGAACGGGGGUAAUCAUGGCCACUGCAUUUAUCCAUCUCUAUACGCAUGCCUCCCUCAUGUUCAACAACGACUGCCUCGGAGAACUCGAAUACGAAGCCACCACGUCUGCCGUCGUCCUAGCAGGAGUCUUCCUCUCUUCCUUAACAGAAUACAUAGGCCAUCGCGUAAUCCUCGCGCGCAGCUCCCCGUCAUCCGCCAGUGGGAACGAAGACAUCUCCGAGUCUCAACCUCAUCCUAAGAACGGACAGGCAAACACCACGGCAUUAACCCAAUUCAGCUGCAGCCACGGCCACAGCACCUCCGAUCCCACAAAGCCAGACACCAAAUUCUCCGUCCUCGUCAUGGAAGCCGGCGUGCUCUUCCACAGCAUCAUCAUCGGCGUCACUCUCGUCGUGGCCGGAGACUCCUUCUACAAGACCCUCCUGGUAGUCAUUGUAUUCCACCAAUUCUUUGAGGGUUUAGCCCUAGGCGCAAGAAUUGCGACACUACCAGCCACGAAAAUCUUUCCGUCGAAGGUUCUCAUGGGCGCAGCAUUCUCCUUGAUCACGCCCAUCGGCAUGGCUAUUGGCUUGGGGGCAUUACAUUCGUUUAACGGCAACGAUCGGGAUACGCUGAUCGCGCUGGGAACGCUGGAUGCACUGUCUGCGGGUAUUCUCGUGUGGGUGGGCGUGGUGGAUAUGUGGGCGAGGGACUGGGUGAUUGAAGGGGGUGCAUUGACUGAUGCCGGAGCUGGCAGUGUAGCUGUCGGGGGAGUGUCCCUGGUGGCUGGAAUGGUGUUGAUGGGAUUACUUGGGAAGUGGGCAUAGAACAGGGAUUAGGCAUAAGGUCUUUUUAAUUACCACCUGAGGCAUGGAAACGAGCAAUUGCAAUGGAGCAUGGGAUUUUGUUUGCAGCUAUCUAACAGACGUUGCUGGCAGAACAGCUUUGACCAGAGGACAGGUCGAAGAUCACUUCAACUACCUUGUCUUUCGUCUCUCAAAUGCAGGCUGUCUCUUCUGACCCGUGGCUGGAAGACAUACAUUAUGAGCCUGAUCCUAGAC